AUGCACAGCAUGUCACACAACAAUGUCAAUGUGACCUCCCGUGAGCAGCGCGACUCUGCGGCAUCAACUGUUGUAGCCGAUAAUGCGUACACGAUCGAUAAAAAGGUCAGCACGACACACGUUCAUCCUCAGUUUCCAACUGAGGACUACCAUCAUACAACCAGGCCGCCAUCUAUAGGCUACACGCUUGUCAGCGCAUGGUGGAGUCUGGAGCUUGCAUCCACCGCCAUUUCUGUUGGCUUCUUUGCAACGUACUGGUGGCUUUUGGCAUACUAUGACGGAAAGCCUGUAAGCCAUUGGCAUGGCCCACAGGCUCGGCUCUCCCCGCUCAAGAAUCUUCCAGCAGCUGCUGCAAUUGUCAUGACCGCAUUUAGGGUCUUUCUGAGUUAUCCUAUUGCAGCAGCGAUGGGCCAACUGAAAUGGCAUCACUUCGCACGGCCGUGGCCCAGACCGGUUGCAGAUCUGCAAGCUUUUGACGCUGCAUCUCGAGGCACAUUUGGAUCUGCCAGGCUGCUUCUCUCUAAAAAUGUUUUUCACUCUUUCAAUAUCUCUCUUGGCUGCAUUCUACUACUCGGGACCCAGGGGUUACAGACCUUGGGCCAGAGCGCGAUUAUACAACACGGCGGCACAUUCAACCAAUCGGAAGUCCCUAGUGUUUUAAACGCAAGGAUUCCGUUCUGUAAACUCUACAGUGUCUCAGAAAGUCCCGACAUACCUCAUAUUAACAUCAAUGGUACGAACCAAGAAUACGUAGAUGCGGACCCACAUAUGCAGGCGGCGCUGCUCGCCGCAUGGUCUCGCAUGUGGAAGCCGAAGGUCUCCGGAAAGCUGAGAGAGCAACAAGUCACCACCAUACCAGCUAUUUGCUCUACGAAAACCUGUUUAUGGGAAAACAUCACUACUAUUUCCGUCGAUUACCAAUGUACUAAUGCAUCAGUCGUUAUCGAUCCCGAAGGCUUUGCGGUUUCCAAUCAAGCCAAUAUAACCAAUCGUGUCAGAUUGCCGCACUCGAACGGAUCAUUUGCGUAUGCCCAGAUACGUCUACAACCAAGUCUGACCAUUCCCAAUACCAGUGCUUUCGUAUCUACAUACUCCAAUGGCCCGGCACUUAUUGGUCAUUUGGCAGCCAUUGCCGAGAGCAGCGACGGUGGAUUUGAAGCGGCCGAAUGCGCUUUCAGAUGGUCAGUGGCUACGUGGGGCUCUAGCACUUAUAAUGACGACAACCUCUCGCUUGAACAAGGUAACCCGACGGGCUACUACGACCUCUUGACUAGCCUGCCUACGGGUAGAGAGAAGUACAUCGUCAUCGAGGCUCCUUGCAACGUUGGCCAUAACCUAACAAGCAAUGAAGAUCCAGGUGGCAACAAAUGUCGAUACACUAUCACGCACCAAGCACAUGAGGGACUUCGCAAUUUUCUUGUGCGUGUGCUAGACGGUUCUACAUACCGACUCAAAUCAAAAACACAAAAUAUAUUCCGAUCCGACAACACUAUAUUCAACACUUUCCAAGCGUCAUGGCAGGUGCAUUCCCCGAGUCCUGGAGCAUAUACUUCCCUAAACUUGAGUAUGGACGGCUAUGCUCGCCAGAUUGGCCGUGGAGUAGGCGCUGCGUUAAGGGCUUUGUCUAAUGACACGGUAGCAGGGCAGGUUGUCAAGGAUGAACAAAUCUUCAGCAUCAACAAACGCUACGUAGCCUACCCAGGCUGUAUGCUAGGUCUGACAAUCUAUCUAUUAGCUUAUGCUAUGUGGCGGACGAAAGGGGAGCCUACUUGGAAGACUUCUUUACUUCCAUUUCUGUAUCAUGGCUUCGAGCUUCCGGCAACCGAGCCAGGUUAUCAUUGCCGGAACUUAGCAUGGAUGGAGGAAGCAAGUAAACAGAAGCAAGUAGUUUUGCGCGAUGAUGGCGACGGGUUAGGUCUGAAGCUGAGAAACUGCUAG